AUGGCCAAGGCAGUUUGUUCUAAAUGCGGCUCCAACGAAUUAUUCAUAGACAUCCCACCGCUUCCAACUCCUGCACAAGAAGCUGAAGUUAUUGCUCUUCUUCGUACCAACCUGCCUGCACCUCUUCAGAUCCAUACAGCACUUGACGAGGGUAUCCAGGCGCUCAAGGAAUACGACGAUAGCAUUCAAAAAAUCACCGAGUACCUGCAUAAGCGCAUCUCCGAGCGCGAAAAGCUAGCCCUUCACCUUGACCGCAUCCGCAGUUCUUUCACAUCUCCUAUUCGUCGUCUGCCACAAGAGCUCCUCGUCGAUAUUCUCGGUCGACUAAGGCCUUCAAUUUACGACCCAGGCCCAAACUAUUUUGAUUUCAGCUCGGUUCAAUUUGAGCUCGAUCGGCUUGCAAAACGUCCACUACUUGUUCUGUCCCAGGUAUGUGCUGUCUGGCACCAGAUAAUCAUGGGAACUCCUUCGCUCUGGGCUGCCAUACUUGUUCGCAUGGACCAGUGGCCUAAUGCGGAUAGCCGUGGCCCGUGUCAAGAUUCUCGCCGACACCUCGACCUCAUAUCAACAUCCCUCAUGCGAAGCGCUGAUUUCCCACUCGCCAUUUGGAUAAGCUCAAGGAGAGAACCAGAUGAGGGCCUCCAUAAACUCAUCGGCCUACUCAUCGGCCAUGCAUCUCGCUGGCGCGACGUGCGUCUCUCCCUCCUCCCCUUCCUUCAUAAUGUGUUGAAAAACACUCCAUUCCCCAUGCUGCAUCGUCUCGAGCUCGGUCUCGAAGCACAUACUACUGGUAGUACUUCAAGUUCCGCCAUAGAUUUGGCUUCUUCAAUGCCCGCUUUGCAGACCCUUUCCUACACUGGCACAGUGGAAUCCAUUCCGUCUGUACAAUGGGAUCGAUUGAAAUCAUUGAUUUAUAUAGGUCGCGACCUCAGAUGGGAUCACGCUGGCUUCUUUCGUCUUCCAUGGCAAAGCCUAAAGCCUGGCUCGACACUGAAACUCGUGUUUAGCGACUAUCGCAUUGCACCCGAUUUCAAGGCGCCGGCCCUUGUUCAAUCCCAAAUCGCGAUCUUGUCUUGUACCCUGGGCUCAUAUAUUAUCCAUGCAGAUCGUCUUUUAGCUGCCAUUUUUCAGAGUCUCCACCUCCCGUUCUUGCGUAUCCUGCAGCUGAUUGGCAUUGCCGACCUAGCAUGGAACGAUGUUCAGUUCGCUGCCUUGGCUCAACGCUCGGGAUUCAGCCGCACCCUAGUGUCGCUCAGAAUAGACCUGGUUAUAACGACGGCACAGGUGUUGGAUGCCUUAUCGCUUCUCGCGGCUUUAGAGGAGUUGCACUUGAUUGACUAUUGGUCGUCAAACACAGUUGAUCCUGCCAUCACUGAUGAAUUCUUCAAUGGGUUGCAACGAGAAGACUCUGAGAAUGGACUGCUCGUCCCUCGUCUACACCAUCUCCAACUUCUUGCACGAGGGUGCUUUUCCAAAGAAGCCAUCCUGAACUUUCUCCCCAGUCGGCUUGAUCUUUCUCCAUCCGAGUCUCCCUUCCACUUAGUGUUGCGCUACGUGCACGAGCAUACAGAGUGCGCAUUCAAACCCGACGAAGCGUUUUGGAAGCAGAUGAGGCAAUGGAAGAUGGGACAAGCCUUGAACUAUGAUGUCAUCGGUAUGCCGGAGGUGCGGAGGUUUGACUAUGGUUUGAGUGAUCUUUGA